AUGGCGGCGAUGGCGGCAGCGGUGGGGCCGGGCACAGGCGGCGUGGCUCGGGUCUCCUGCGGGAGGGACCUGAGCUGCGUCCCAGAAGUGGCGGGCACCCUGGGGGCGGUUGCUAGACAAGGGUUUGAUUUUCUCUGCAUGCCGAUUUUCCAUCCGCGCUACAAGAGAGAAUUUUUCCAGGAGCCAGCUAAACACCGACCAGGACCGCAGACUCGCUCUGAUCUAUUACUCUCAGGGAGAGACUGGAACACACUGAUUGUGGGGAAACUGUCGCCGUGGAUCCGGGCAGAUUCCGAACUGGAGAAAGUGCGCAGGAAUUCGGAGGCGGCCAUGUUGGAGGAGCUGAAUUUUGGGGCUUAUUUAGGGCUCCCCGCUUUCCUGAUUCCCUUGACCCAGGCGGACCACCCCAACCUGGCACGUGUUCUGUGUAACCACAUCAACACCGGCCACCACACGUCCAUGUUCUGGAUGCGAGUCCCGCUGUUGGCCCCCGAAGACUUGAGAGAUGACGUGAUUGAAAACGAGGCCCUGCCGGCCGGGGACGAGGACUGCACGGGCGAGGAGAAGACCUGGCAGUGGUGGCACAGCUUCCGAACAUUGUGCGACUACAACAAGCGUGUGGCUGUGGCGCUGGAGGUGGGCCCAGACCUGCCAUCCAAUCACGUCAUCAACCGCUGGCUGGGCGAGCCAAUCAAAGCAGCCAUCCUACCCACCAGCAUCUUCUUAACCAAUAAGAAAGGGUUUCCUGUUCUUUCCAAAAUGCAUCAGCGUCUGAUCUUUCGCCUGCUUAAACUUGAGGUGCAGUUCAUCAUCACAGGAGCCCACCACCAUCCGGGAAAGGAAUUCUGCUCCUACUUGCAAUACUUGGAGUAUCUCAGCCAGAAUCGGCCACCUCCGUCUGCUUACGAGCUUUUUGCAAAAGGUUACGAAGAUUACCUGCAGUCUCCGUUGCAGCCCUUGAUGGACAAUCUGGAAUCCCAGACUUAUGAAGUUUUUGAGAAGGACCCCAUCAAAUAUUCCCAGUACCAGCAGGCGAUAUACCGGUGCCUCUUGGACCGUGUUCCCGACGAGGAGAAAGACACGAAUGUCCAGGUGGUGAUGGUGUUGGGGGCCGGUAGGGGUCCUCUCGUCAACGCCUCCCUCCGAGCGGCCCGCCAGGCCAACCGGCGCGUGAAGAUUUACGCCGUGGAGAAGAACCCCAACGCUGUGGUGACUCUGGAGAGCUGGCAGUACGAGGAAUGGGGUUCCCAGGUGACGGUGGUCUCCCGGGACAUGCGCGAGUGGGAGGCCCCCGAGAAAGCGGAUCUGAUGGUGUCGGAACUGCUGGGCUCCUUCGCCGACAACGAACUGUCCCCAGAGUGCCUGGACGGGGCAGAACAUUGUCUGAAAGAGGGAGGGGUGAGCAUCCCCUGUGAUUAUACCUCUUUCUUGGGCCCCAUCUCAUCCUCCAAGCUUUAUAACGAAGUGCGGGCCUGUCGUGAGAAGGAUCGCGAUCCUGAGGCUCAAUUCGAAAUGCCGUACGUUGUUCGUCUUCACAACUUCCACCAGCUAGCACCGCCAAAAGCCUGUUUCUCCUUCAGACACCCCAACCCAGACCCUCUCAAGGACAACAACCGUUACCAAACGCUGGAAUUCCAGGUGGACGUGAAUACGGUGCUUCACGGCUUCGCCGGCUACUUUGAGACGAAGCUAUAUGGCGAUGUCACACUCAGCAUCCGGCCUGAGACUCACUCACCUGGCAUGUUUUCGUGGUUCCCUAUAUUCUUUCCCAUUAAGCAACCCAUGACCGUGCAAGCGGGCGAGAAGAUCCGAGUAGCCUUUUGGCGUUCCAGCAACUCCAAGAAAGUGUGGUACGAGUGGGCUGUGGUUUCCCCCAUGUGUUCGGUCAUCCACAACCCCACGGGACGUUCCUACACCAUUGGACUGUGAGCAGGAGUUCGAUCCGUGUGUGUCCCCCCCCCCCAGCCCACCAUCGCUCCGGCAUCGAGACCACAAGGAAGCUUCUUCUGCUUUGCACUCGGGACAAGAGAGAGACUGAUUUUUCUACGCAAAGUCACAAGGUCUCCACCAUUUGCUGGUUUGCAGGUUGGACUCAAAAGUCUUUAGCUUGGCUGCUUCCACCUGCCUCGAUCAUGUUUUCCGGUCGGUGAAAUUUCAAUAAAGUUU